UCAUAUCGCGGUCCACUGCGACGAGAGCCGGGAGGGGGAACGAUUGAUCGGAACGAGGGAGGAUGCUGCCGACCGUGUCCAAGGGGCGCGGGACCUCAGCCGUUCGGCCCGCCCCGGGAUUCUCCCAAUACCUCCGCCGAAUCGUCAAGGUAUCGAGGGGAAGGAUGGAGAUCAGAAUUUAUUUCUGAACCAAUUCGACCCUGAUCUUUGCGAGUAUAAUAAUAAUAUGAUUUUCACAGUCUCAUGCCCUUGUUUCUUUUGAUUUUUAGUGGCAACAAAUGGAUAUCGAGUAUACCUUUUGGCAAAUGCUUCAUCUUUGUACCUCACCCAAAGUUGUCUACCAGCACACAAAGUACCAUAAACAAACAAAGAACCAAUGGGCACGAGAUGAUCCUGCUUUUGCUGUGAUCUUCUGUCUCUUUUUUAUAGUUGCCACUUCAGCAUAUUGUGCUGCGUAUGGCGUGACUUGGGUGCAUUCUGUGUUCACUGUUAUUUCAGUUGUCGUCUUCCAUUUCUUGUUAGCAGGAACGAUUUUGGCUACAUGUUGUUGGUUUCUGACAAAUACAUACAUGCGUGAGGAGACACCAAGCAGUCAUGCAGUCGAGCAACGGGUUGAAUGGCUGUAUGCUUUUGACGUUCACUGCAACUCUUUCUUUCCAGCAUUUGUUUUGCUCUAUGUGAUUCAGUACUUUGUAUCCCCUCUCUUGGUAGCACAUGGCUUCUUUCCAAUGUUGGUCUCAAACCUACUUUUCAUGGUGGCCAUUUCUUACUAUCACUAUCUGAAUUUUCUCGGCUACGAUGUUCUUCCAUUCUUGGACAAAACAACCUUCUUUUUGUAUCCUAUUGGACUUGUCAUCAUCUUAUCCCCGCUGAUGAUUCUUAGUGGCUUCAACCCCACAAGGUAUAUGAUGAGGCUGUACUUCGGUUAGCGACCGUACGCCAAGGGCGCACCACAGGGUGGCCAAGAUAACCCGACAGCGGGGGAGUGCGAGUGAAACCUCAUGGUCGGUCCAUUAGAUUGAUUUGGCAGGUUUCUCGUUGAUGCGAAGGAAAGAGGCGGAGAAUGGACUGAUGAUUCCCUUUCAAGUCUUUUGUUGUAGGGUGCUAGAUACACAACAGUCACAGGAGAGAGAGAGAGAGACAGAGAGUGAGUGAGAGUAAUUAGACGUGAGAAGGGUUAUCUGAAAGAAACGUAUUGUUUUUUUUAUGUUUGUUUGUUUUGGGAUUCCAUCUUAUUUCAGUCUUGUGACUGACUGACUGACCAUUGCCAAUUAAUGUGCAUUUAGAAUUAAAACUCUCAAAGGAAAAGGUAGCGCUGUUGAUCUUUA